UUAAGAUACAACAAAGUGGCCCACAGUUCUUGACAUUGAAAGAUACUCUCUCCUCAAAGUAUUUUUAGAGCUGAAGGAAACUUCGCAUUUCCCAGAUCUAAAUCCAGACAACCUCAUACACUGGAACAAACAUCUCACCCCACACUCACCAUCUUCAACCUAAUUAAUCACCUCUCUCAUUUAUUUUGACUGAACAUUGAAGAAGAAAGACAUGUGAGUCGUUUUCAAUGUUCUCUUUUACUUCCUUCUACAAGGUUGAAGCACAAUUAUUCCCAUUUCAAGAAUAGCUAUAAAAUAAAACCCCUUGUUUCAGCAACCUACACCCUAGUCAGAGUUUAAGUUUUCAUGCACUAAGUUUCUUAAAGUUAGCUCCUUUCAGGUCCAUUCACAAUCUUCUCAGAGAGAAGGAGAGAGAUCUAUUCAUUCGGAUCAUUUGGGGUGUCAGGAACAGUUACAUUCACAUCUGGUUCUGAACUUGUUUCAGCAACCUUCACCUGGUGGCACUAACAAAGUGACCCUUUGAAUAAGAAUCCAAAAGGGUAUCUGAGGAUCACCCGAAUCUGUUGAAUUUAUCAGGUUCUAUGUUGCAGAAGGUGUGCAAGAGAUACAGAAUCAUGGUGAAUGGAAAUGGUUUGUUUUACCACUUUGUGGGUUUCGCAACGGUGUUGUUGUUUAUUUACAUGACUUUUGGGGACGUGAAGUUUGGUUUAGAGGAAGAAGUGGAAUUGGCCUUUGUGGAGAGAAAUGGGACUCAGUUUGUGGUGGAUGGGAAGGCUUUCUACAUUAAUGGGUGGAACUCUUACUGGUUAAUGGUGCAGUCUGUGGAUGCGUAUAACAGGCCAAGGGUGCGUGAAAUGCUGAAGGCUGGGGCCAAGAUGGGCCUCACGGUGUGCAGAACUUGGGCCUUCAAUGAUGGUGAUUACAAUGCUCUUCAGAGUUUCCCUGGCGUGUUCAAUGAAGAAGCUUUCAAGGCCUUGGACUAUGUUAUAGCAGAAGCAAGGAAACAUGGAAUUAGGCUGCUCCUUAGCUUGGUAAAUAACUUGCAUGCAUAUGGUGGGAAGACUCAAUAUGUCAAAUGGGCAUGGCAAGAAGGGAUAGGGUUAAGCUCAUCUAAUGAUUCUUUCUUCUUUGAUCCAUCAAUCCGAAGUUAUUUCAAGAAUUAUAUCAAGACUAUUCUGACAAGGAAGAAUACAAUCACUGGAAUUGAAUAUAGAAAUGACCCCACUAUUUUUGGUUGGGAAUUGAUUAAUGAACCGCGGUGCUCAACUGAUCCUUCUGGCGACACUCUCCAAGAAUGGAUAGAGGAAAUGUCAGCUUUUGUCAAAUUGAUCGAUAAGCGGCAUCUUGUGACUGUUGGCCUUGAAGGUUUCUAUGGUCCUAAUGACCCAAAAAGAUCAACUGUUAACCCUGAAGAGUGGGCAUCUAGACUUGGAUCUGACUUCAUAAGGAAUUCCCAAACCCCAAAUAUUGACUUCACAUCUGUUCAUAUCUAUCCUGAUCACUGGUUUCAUGAGCAGGUAUUUGAAGACUAUAUGCCAUUUGUCUCCAAGUGGAUGCAUUCUCACAUUGAAGAUGGUGACAAGGUAUUGAACAAGCCAGUGUUGUUCUCUGAAUUUGGAUUAUCAGACAUAAAUUUUACGUUGUCUGAACGAAAAAUAAUGUACAAAACAAUUUUAGACAUAAGCUACAAAUCUGCAAAGAAAAACAAGGCUGGAGCAGGUACUCUAGUUUGGCAAUUGUUAGUUGGAGGGAUGCAGGAGUUGAGUGAUGAUUUUGGGAUCAUCCCAUGGGAAAAGACACCAAUCCCUUCACUAUUUGUUGAACAAUCAUGCAGAUUAGCCAAGGCCAAGGGAUGGCCUCACAAGAAACCAAGUUAUAAACAAUUUUGUUAGCAAAAGAUGUGCAAAUAAAAGCCCUUGAUUUGAAUGGGGAGAAAUAUGGGUUCGUUUGUGGUUUAAGACUGCUUAUUAUAGGUGCAUGACUAGUUUUGUACAAUAUGCUCGGUUUUCAUCACCAAUGCUAAAUUUGAUUAGUGGCAUAUAUAAUAUAUAUAGCGUGUUAACAUAGAUUAGAUAUUAUUA